UGGACUCACUAUCCUCUCCCCUUCAACGGUCGAAAUUUCAAAAUCUCUCUGAAUCUCUUUCUUAUUCAUCGUCGUCUGUUUCUCUCUAACUUCCGUUAUCUGAUCAUCUUGAGUCUCUACUCUCACAUUUAAUUCAGCUGUCUGCCAACUCUUUUCUGAAAGUGUACUUUGUGGUGGGUUAAGAUGGCUAUAGUUCCAAGUGAUCCGCUUAUUCAAUUAGAAACAACUUGUGGUUCUCUUUUAUAUGAACUUCAGAUAAUAUGGGAUGAGGUUGGUGAAACUGAAACUUCUCGAGAUAAGAUGUUACUUGAACUAGAGCAAGAGUGCCUUGAAGUUUACAGAAGAAAAGUUGAUCAGGCAAACCGUUGCAGAGCUCAGCUACGUCAGGCUAUUGCUGAUUCAGAGGCAGAGCUAGCCGCCAUCUGUUCCGCACUGGGAGAGCGUCCACUGCAUAUUAGGCAGGCUGACCAAAAAUUCGGAAGUCUUAAGGAAGAGCUCAACGCCAUUCUCCCGCAGCUUGAAGAGAUGCGAAAAAGUAAAAUAGAAAGGAGAAGUCAAUUCCUAGAUGUCAUAGGACAAAUCCAAAAGGUGGCCACUGAAUUAUAUGGAUCAGUAGUCUAUGAUAGCUCUAUGGCUGUUGUGGAUGAAAAUGACCUGUCCUUAAGAAGGCUUGAAGAAUUGCAAAACCAUCUGCAAUCUCUACAACAAGAGAAGAGUGAUCGCCUGAAACGAGUAAUGGAACACUUGAACAUUUUGUGUUCAUUGUGUGCUGUCCUUGGCUUGGAUUCUAAGGAAACUGUUAGGGAACUUCACCCAAGCUUAGUCGCUUCUGAAGAAUCGCGUAGCAUAAGUACUGAUACACUUAAGCAGCUGGAGUCUGCAAUAUUAAAAUUGCGAGAGCUUAAGCUUCAGAGAAUGCAGAGGCUCCAAGAUCUUGCAACAAUGUUAUUGGAGCUUUGGAAUCUAAUGGAUACACCUUUGGAGGAGCAACAAGAAUUUCAAAAUGUCACAUGUAAUAUUGCUGCAUCUGAAGACGAGAUAACUGAACCUAAUGUUCUUUCUGCAGACUGCAUAAAACAUGUUGAGGCAGAAGUUUCCAGACUGGAGUUGCUGAAAUCAAGCAAGAUGAAAGAGCUUGUGCUGAAGAAAAGAACUGAAUUAGAAGAAAUUUGCAGGAAAUCACACUUAGUUCCAGAAGCAAAUUGUGAAACAGAACAUCUCAUGGAAGCAAUAGAAUCUGGAGCUUUGGACCCUGCAUCAGUCCUUGAGCAAAUUGAACUGGAGGUUUCCAAUGUCAAGGAAGAAGCAUUUAGUCGCAAAGAAAUACUGGAGAAAGUCGAGAAGUGGAAGUCAGCAUGUCAGGAGGAAGAGUGGCUUGAACAGUAUAAUCAGGAUGAAAACCGAUACAAUGCAGGACGAGGUGCUCAUCUUACCCUCAAGCGUGCUGAAAAAGCCCGAACACUAGUUAACAAACUUCCAGGGAUGGUGGAGGCAUUAGCUGCAAAAGCUCUAAACUGGGAGAAUGAAAAAGGCGUUGUGUUUCUGUAUGAUGGGGUUCGUCUUCUUUCUAUGCUUGAAGAGUAUAUGAUAUACCGACAAGAAAAGGAGCUGGAAAAGAAACGGCAGAGAGAACAGAAGAAAAUUCAAGGGCAACUGAUGGCAGAACAAGAGGCACUUUUUGGCUCAAAACCAAGCCCCAUGAAGAGUGCCAAGAAUCCUUCCAGAAGAAUGUCUAUGGGAGGAGGCGGAGGAGGACACAACAGAAGGGACUCUCUCGGUGGCAACAUGCUUCAAACACCAAAGCGUGAUCCAUCUCACUCUACUAGAGCAACACCCGAUUCUCGUUCUGUCAAAAAGGAUGAUUGCACAGCAGGAAAAGCUCAUGUAAAAAGGGCUUUGGACACGACAAACCUCCCUGCCAAAAAUUACUCAUUUGGUGGUCGAGAAUCUGAACCUAUAGCGGCAAGAAAACCUUUCUCACCUGUUUCUUCGGUGGCAUCAACAAGAGGAACAGGAGAUUUCUUUGAUGAUCAAAACAUAAUGCACAACAGUAGCAUUCAGAAACCUCUUCCCAAAAACGAGACAUCUCAGAAAGUGGUUAGCUUGAAUAACACUCCAUUCACCACUCCUACAAAAAAGAUCCCUGCCGGAGAUGAAGAAAACCGCACUCCAAACGUAAAGUCGAUCCCUCCACCUUCAACACCUUUGACAAUUUCGGCUCCAAUGCAAACAUCUAUGACACCAGCUCCUCCAAAACCACUCUAUGCUGAUAAUUUGCUAGGAGACACAGCUGAUGAGAUUGAGUACUCAUUUGAGGAAAGGAGAGCUGGCUUUGUACUGCCAAGCACAAAUCUUAAGGGAGCCAUAAGUUUGAAACCUUUAUAAAUUAAAACUUUUUUGAGUGAAAUGCUUUAAUUUUUCUUUGUUGGGUACAUAGAUCAUGUUCAAGUUAAAUAAUGUUUUAACUUGUUCAUUUUCUUCCCACUUGUAUAUAUUAUGCUGAACCUAUUAGUUGUAAGCUUAAUUUUUCAUUUUGUUCAAAGUGAAUGCAUAUGCUAGUCAACUGCAACAUUUAUAUAAUUUCUUGAAAACUCUAUGGACAAUGGAACAAUAUGCUGAAUUGAAGUAGAGCAAUCCAUAGAAGAUUGGUAAAAUUAACUGGUGUUUAUACCAAGGCCGAUUUGCAAGUUAAUUGACAAAUGUCAUACGACUUUUAAUAUCGCCCAAGUUGGGAUGAAUAUGGUGCGAAACUCGUAAAAUUUUACUUGUUUGUCACCCCAACACUCAACUAAUAAAAUAUCAAACUAAGCAUCGC